GUGGGAUCGAUCUGUACUUCACGCUAUAGAUCACGCUGUUCUGUGUGUAUUCUACAGUUCGCUGCUUCAUAGGCUGGUAGUGGAACAAGGGCUCUGACGGAUCAUUCAGUUGGUAUCGAGGACGUCGAACAGAUCACUCAAACUCGUAGCGGCAAAUUGUAAUAUACUAGCAUUAAGUGUCUGUCUCACGGAAUAAUCCACCAACAACUAAUUAUAUUCUGACUAGAUUUUAAAGUGGUUUUCAAAAUUAAAGAAUUUAAUCAUUUUAAACAAAAUUUAAUUUCCGUGAUGCAGUGUUGGGAAUCUAUUUGUGUUUAGUUUUGAUAUUGUUGUGACGGAAUAUAAUUCUAUUUGUGAUAUAUGUAUAUAUAUAUAUGAAUAGAUGCAUAUGUAUGGAGUUGUGAAUACCCGGUAUUAACAGCCAGGAUGGGAUGUAGACAGACGAAGGAGACACCGUGUGUUACGGAAAACAAGGAGUUCGACCCCCUCACGGAUAACGGUGUAACAACGAUUCCGAGUGUUGACCCGCGUCUGCCUCUCAAUGCAAGACAGGUGUUUAAACUUAAACAGUCUUGGAAAGGUAUUAAGAGAAAGAUAGCCGAGACAGGAGUAGAAAUGUUUGUCAGGUUGUUUAAGUCGAAUGCCGACCUAAUGGCGAUAUUUGAGAAGUUUACCAACAUACAGUCCGAGGAUGAAUUACGUCAGAACGAGUAUCUGGAACAGCAUGCGACUCUCGUAAUGACCACACUAGAUGAUGCUAUCUCUAAGAUAGACAACUAUGACUAUGUUAAAGAACAUCUCAGUAGGACGGGCGCUACGCAUCAACGAUUCGACGUCUUCCGUCCGGAAAACUUCUGGAAAAUUCGAGAGCCUUUCAUUGAAGCUGUGAAAAUAACGCUUGGGGACCGAUACACAGAAUACAUGUCAAACGUUUAUGAGAUCACGAUCGAUUUUAUCUUGAAAACGCUUGAGGAUGGUUUUCUCGAUAACAACAACCCUGUCGAGCAAAAAAUCAUAGUAACAGAUCAUUCAAAAGAACAACCGGAAGUGACAAAAAUAGAGCAUUGUUGUGUGCGCGAAAGAGAUGUCACAAAUAAGGAGCAAGCAAAAACAUGAAGAUUAUGUGGAUAGCAAUGACGAAUGGACAAAUAUUGUGAAAUUGAGACCAAGUGCAUUAAGAGAAAUCGAUUACAUGGUUGAAAAUUCAUCCUUGCACGUGGAGUGAGAACACAUAGAGUGAAAACCUCACGGAAUGCCUUCAACCAUUAAAUACUAUGGUAUUGCUUUAUGGCCGUUCUGACAUGAGAGGAGACAACAGCUCAUGCAUGCUACAUUGUUGUAGGUCUCAACAUUAUCAUAUAUAUCUAUAUAUAUACUCACAACACAUGUACCAGUUUCAAUUGUCAUAUUCUCAUUUAAUGUUGUGUUGGUGAAAAUGCCUUAUAUUACUACCAACGAUAGCAAGACUUCCAAGCAUUUGCAUAUAUCGUGUCGUGUUUGUUCUGGACCACAGGCAGCAUGUGGUGUGAGGGCGUUCAUCAGAUCUUCGGCGCGUGGAAUGGGAUUAUAUUCUCUAUAUAUGGAAAUGUAGAACAAUUUCACACGCUGUAUGCGUGUCUGUUUUGUUCACAUUUUACUCCAUACGCUUCACCUAGAUGUGUGAUAAUGAAAUGCUUUACUAUGGAGUAGUAUAUGAAUAUGCUUUUGUCGUGUUUUGAUAUUUUUGUCUAUUAAGUGAUACUUCCGGUUAUCUAGCUGUGGUUUUGUUUAUGUUAUCGGGAUCAACUGUCAAUUACUUUUGAGUUUCCAUAGAUAAUGCCAUACUUACAUACGAUUUCUGAUUGAUAAAUAAUUCAUGAAAACAUCUGUUUAUCACAUAGUCACAUUAUCAACAAGGCCAUUGAGUUACAUUAAUAACUGAUGGUAUUCAAACCAUUGUAGUCUGUCUGCUAUAGGACGUGAAAAAUGGCUUUAUACUGUUCAACAAUGGGAAACAACAAAUACAACCCACUACAUCUUUCAUGACUUAAUAUUGUUAACUAAAACACAUUAUAUAAACAUUUGAAGAGCUAUUCUUUACAAGUAAAAUAUCCAGAAGUCCUGAAGUACAUAUAACAGUGCUGACUUUUAGGAAUUCAGUCAGAAAUUGAAUUUAACACUGGUUGUGGUUGGUUCCCAAUUACAACUGACAGUAUGACUGAAGGCUCUUAACAAAUUCAUAUUGGUAACGUUUACAUGUAACAGUUUUUAUUCAAAGACUGUAACAUUUUUAUUGGUACAUUUUUCUGAAGAGGGGAUAUAUAAAUAUGUACAUGUAUGAAUAGAUGACGUCACACUUAGCAUUUUUUUUUAAAAAAUCGUUCAUAUACCAGUUGAUAAAGUAUGACGUCCUACUCAGGACAACGAACUCUACGUCAUGAAUUAAAAAUGGCUACCUCGAAAGCAUCUUUGGCAUUUUCAAUAUUUUCUUAAGAUUUGAAAUAAUAUUCAGAAUAUUUUAUUUAUUAGCCUUUUCCGAUGUCUGCUUGGUGACCCUUUCCUUACUUCCGAUUUAGGAUAAUCAACAUUACAAGCCAACUUUAGGUUUGUGAUUACUGUUUUUAUCAAAUUAAGAAUGAUGUAAUGAAGUUUAGUGUCAUAUUUUUGUAUCUGGAAUAUGAACAGAUAAUACGAAUGUUUUAACAGUCUGUAGGUAAUUAAUGACAUGGAAUGGAAAAGAACGUGGCCGGUUAAGUGAAAACGUAGGAAUGAAUGGUUUGUGCAGACUAUUUGGACAUGACUACAAAUGAACCGAAGUAAAUUGAAUAAUUAACUAUUUAAUUAAUAGGAUUUAAAUUGUAGUUAUCACUGAUGACCCAAACAAAAAGAAAUUCCUUAAAAGGCAACAAGACUACAAGAAAUGUGUUAAUUUCAUUACUGUGGGACUUCUAAUUCAAUUAAAUUCUUUAUUUCUUUAACGAGGAUUUUACACAGCCAGAAAGCACGUAAAAGAAAUUAAAAAAUAAAUAAAAAAGGUUUUUUUUUCAGUUUAUGAUAGAAUUAUCAUGGGACGAACGUCAGUAACAAGUACCUGUUUCGACAAGCUUUUUUUUAAAUUUAAAUUUUUAAAUGUUUCUUAUUAAACACAACUAAAAAGAAUGACUGCUACUGAGGUGUCAUUAGAUCAGGGUCGUUAGCUAUAUACAACGGUCUAUAGUCACACAACAAAACGUCUAUAUUACGACUCAGUGCUGGCAUUCUGGACACUUAGAGACAUCUUGAAACAAACAUUUUAAUGGACAUCUAGCAUAUUUCAAUAUCAUAUGUAUAUCAUAUGUAUAAAUCUUAGAAUUAUAAUAAUAAUUGAUUAUCUAAAUGACCAUUGAAAGAAAAAGAAUCUUAGAAAAUAAGUUCAAAUAAACACCUUUAGAGUAAGAGAGAGAGAGAAAAUAAACGUGUUCGUAAAUGUGACUGAAUAACCGCCAUCUUGGUUUAAGAUGGUAAAAUGAUAAAAUCCGGUUAUGUAUUUUAUUGUAUUUGUCACAUUUAACGACAAUAGGCGAUAUUUCAUGUACUUAAACAUGAAUGAUAUGAGGAACAUGCUUGUGAGUUCAAACUGCCUAACAUCAUAUUUAUCGCCACUAGAACAGACAGGAUAAUUUUGAGGCGGAGUUUCGGAGUAGAAGACGUAAACUCGUUGAUCAACAAACAGGACACCCAUCGACUGCCAUCCAAAACAAUUAGAGUAAAGUGUUUGCCAUAAAAAUCCGUGAUCUCUAACUGCUUCCAUACAAACACAAACCGGCCUGAGAAAGGAUCGAACAAGUCCGGUGAAUUUUAGAAUUUGUAAACUCGACAAAGGCUUAUUAUAGCAUAUGGAACUUCAUGAUAUUAUCACAAAACCGUUCAUUAAUAGAAUUUUCAUUUUUUUUCUCAUUACAUCUAGUCUAGUUUUAUCAAAGUGAUGAUCAGGGUUGCUGAAAGUAUCAACAUUCUCGUUAUAAUUAACACUUACAACACUUUAAUUGAUUAAAUACAUAAAGUAAGUUUCUAGCCCUAGUGCUUGCCAGACAACUCUGGUUGUAUCCCUGGUAGCGAUUUCUUCCUGCCUUGCUAGAACCUACCCAUCGCUAUUCUUUAUUCGACCAAUUGGAACAUGAAAUGGUUUUAAACAUGUUUGAGCCUUUUUGACAAACAUGUAGUGGCAUGCCGUCAUAAUUUCGGCCUAGACAUCCUUAUGUCUUCAGAUAUUCUUUAACUAAAAUGUCCCUCGCUCAAUUUUAUGCACAUUAAGAACAGGUAUUGAGAACAUUUAAUAAAAGCAAUACCAUACAUGUUUUGAUGCUACAAAUUUGCAGAAACUGAGAUUUCAAAUAAGCGAAAAUGUGGUACGAAGGCCAACCAAGGCAGUACACAGGUACUCAACCAAGCGACAAUUUGUAUGAAAGCAAGGGCGGAUUUCAGUUUCCGUUAUGUGACGGUCUCGUGGGCGUUCGUCUGUGGUGUUUACGAGAAUAGGCACAUAUCAAACGUGGGUGUACCAGAUGUACAAUCAGAGUUCUACAUCUAACAUCGAUCGUAAACUCCUACAUUUAAAUCACGUGCGAACACUGCGUCGUAUUGCACAACACUUUUUCCGCAACUGGGACUUUCUUAAGCAAUAGGGCAGUGCGCGCUUUAUGCGAUAAUGCAGUAGUUUAAUCUGUCUAUUGACGAACAGAGUGUACUGAUUGGUUUGAAUUCUGACUCCAUAAACGGGAAAAAAUGUAAUUUCUGAUAUACCAAGAAUUACACUAUUAGACAACUUCUUUGUUUUCAUUACAUAAAUAUUUAUGUAUAUGUCAUAUAGAUUUAUUAUUUGUUGCCUGCCAUAUUUAAAACCAAAAUAAGUUGAAUAUCUUGGCAAAUAUGUCCAACAGGCUCUUAAACAAAAAAGAAUUAAGAUUAAAAUGUAGAAGUUAACUUGAUAUGUUUCCUCCAUUAUUCUGUAUUAGAAACAUACUCAUUCGAGAUAAAAAAAAUCUGGGCAAUACGGAAGUCGUGAUAAAGAAUAAAAACUAGAUAGAUAUAUUUAUGAGACUGAUUGACGGAUGUCGCCGAUUUCACAUGUACUAUAAGUCAACUUCCAAAUAUUGUCAGAUCCUCUAACAGGAUACAGGAUGAACUCAACACAGUAUCAGUAAAUGUUCCUGUGGUACAGCUUAAUACUGAGAUAAUAAGUGAAGAUCUUCGAUAUACAAGGCCAGCAGUAAUAAAGGAGGGUUGCUUUAUCACAAUACAACACACCCUUCUUUAACCUACACUGAAAUUAUUUGCUUUGCUAGAAAAUUUAGAAUUGCAUAUGUGGUAUGCUUACUGAAAUAGGGUUUUAGCUCGUUUCCUAUAUCAUUCGAAACUACACGUAUCACAUAUGUACAUUUAAGAAUCUAAAAAACAUAUUUCAUGAGUUAGUCAAUCACCUAAAUGUUUGCUUUUUGCGAUGACUUCGUGUUAUGCAAGGCCGACAGUGAAGCGUAAAAGUGAUAUUGACCAAAUUGCUAUGUAGCCAUCUGAACAUAGUUUUUUUUUCUGACAGAGUAGAUGUACACGAGUUCAAACGAGUUUUGCAACAGAAAUGUAAAUAUAUGCAAAAAAUAUGUAAAUAUAAUGUCGACCUCAUACAGAAAAGUCAUUUAAAGGUGACGACUAUUGUAUAUGUUUGACUUUUAUUAAUGUAUAUUGUAAGUAUGUAUACUUCUAUACUUGUAUUAUACUUGAGUCCAUUAAAUAUAUGUAUGUACAAUGA